CGGUGAGUGUCGCAUUGCAGCGCUGAAGUUCAGAUGAGAAGAUGGCGGAAGGUGAACUGAACGUAGACAGCCUCAUCUCUCGGCUCUUGGAAGUGAGAGGAUGUCGCCCAGGGAAGAUUGUACAGAUGACGGAGGCCGAGGUUCGAGGUCUGUGUAUUAAAUCCAGAGAGAUCUUCCUCAGUCAGCCCAUCCUGCUGGAGCUCGAGGCACCACUCAAAAUCUGUGGUGAUAUCCAUGGGCAGUACACCGACCUGCUGAGGCUGUUUGAGUACGGCGGGUUUCCCCCAGAGGCAAACUAUCUGUUCCUGGGUGAUUAUGUUGACCGAGGGAAGCAGUCCCUCGAGACCAUCUGCCUGCUGCUGGCCUACAAGAUCAAAUACCCUGAGAACUUCUUCCUGCUCAGGGGCAACCACGAGUGCGCCUCCAUCAACCGCAUCUACGGCUUCUACGACGAGUGUAAGCGCAGGUUCAACAUAAAGCUGUGGAAAACAUUCACCGACUGCUUUAACUGCCUCCCCAUCGCUGCCAUCAUCGACGAGAAGAUUUUCUGCUGCCAUGGAGGUCUCUCACCUGACCUGCAGUCUAUGGAGCAAAUCCGAAGGAUCAUGAGGCCCACAGACGUUCCUGAUACAGGUCUGCUGUGUGAUCUCUUGUGGUCCGACCCUGAUAAAGACGUGCAGGGUUGGGGAGAGAACGACCGGGGUGUGUCCUUCACCUUUGGAGCUGACGUGGUCAGUAAAUUCCUCAACCGUCACGAUCUGGACCUGAUCUGCAGAGCGCACCAGGUGGUGGAGGACGGGUACGAGUUCUUUGCGAAGCGGCAGUUGGUCACUCUGUUCUCAGCCCCGAAUUAUUGUGGAGAGUUCGACAACGCCGGGGGCAUGAUGAGUGUCGACGAGUCCCUCAUGUGCUCCUUUCAGAUCCUGAAGCCCUCAGAGAAGAAGGCUAAGUAUCAGUAUGGAGGUGUGAACUCGGGCCGCCCCGUCACACCUCCCCGCACCACACAGGCCCCGAAGAAGAGGUGAGCGACCUGCCCCGCCCAUCCAGACCACCGCACCCCCCCUCUCAGCCCAAACCUACACAGCCUGGAGGUGGUACUUAUUCACAAUCAGCCUCUCUCCCUCUUCCCUUUACUCUUUUCUUAAUGUGGGUGUACAUAAUUUUUUGCUGUGAUCAGGUGAUAAGCGCUUUCUGUAUGUCUCUGCCUGUUCGCUGGUAUUUUUAAUAAUACUCGUAUUAAUAAUUAUCUGGAUGCGAAUGGAGGAUCUCUCUCUCUCUCUCUCUCUCUCUCUCUCUCUCUCUCUCUCUCUCUCUCUCUCUCUCAGACGCAGUAUUGACAUUAAUAUCGAUGUUACCGUAAUUUCUACAUAGUGUUUAAUUCACAAAUUUAAACCGGGGGCUUUAAGCUGAAAGUGUUCAUCUUUAUCAGUAUACACACUGUUUUUACUCUCAUCACUCUGAAAUGAGUGCAGUAAGAUGUACACACACACACACACACACACACACACACUACAGUAUGAUGUAACGCAUCCUCGUUGUAAGCUCAGGCUUCGGUAUUUUUAUCUGUCCGCCGGUGACUCAGAGGACGAGCGAGUGACACGGAGAGAAAGGACGAGUGAAGGAGGAAGUGAAACGACACGCAGCAUGAAAUGUAAAACUUUCCGUCUGCACGUAAAGAUAAAUAAAACAGAUAAAUAAAACAGAUAAAUAAAACAGAUAAAUAAAACAGAUGAAUAAAACAGAUAAAUAAAACAGAUAAAUAAAAUGCUUUUUCCACAGACACAGACAUCCUGACCAGGACGUUGUGCUGCUGAUUUUCUUUCUUUAUUAUGGUUAUUAUUUUACUCCCAGUUCUGAGCUUUAUUUACUAUCCAACAUUAAAUCCUUCGUGUCUUAAUGAUAUGAACGUUUGGUGCGACUGAAUGAGACUCACUUUUCCUCAGACUGGUUAUUAUGGGACACUUAACGCUAAUCCCAGCGUAUGUUCUAGCGCUAACUAAGCAGACAAACGUCUGAUCUGCAGCACAACGUCUUUAAUAUAUUAGUAAUUAGAUUUGAUUCACUUUGGGUUUGAUUCUCUACACAGCAUCGAUUCCUGCCAGCAACAUUAAUUCACUUGGGUUUCCUCACUGAUGAUCUUUUCACCUGCUGUCCAUCUCUGUAUCUGUCCAUCUCUGUAUCUGUCCAUCUCUGUAUCUGUCCAUCUCUGUAUCUGUCCAUCUCUGUAUCUGUCCAUCUCUGUAUCUGUCCAUCUCUCUCUGUAUCCGUCCAUCUCUGUAUCUGUCCAUCUCUCUCUGUAUCUGUCCAUCUCUCUCUGUAUCUGUCCAUCUCUGUAUCUGUCCAUCUCUCUCUGUAUCUGUCCAUCUCUGUAUCUGUCCAUCUCUGUAUCUGUCCAUCUCUCUCUGUAUCUGUCCAUCUCUCUCUGUAUCUGUCCAUCUCUCUCUGUAUCUGUCCAUCUCUCUCUCUGUAUCUGUCCAUCUCUCUCUGUAUCUGUCCAUCUCUGUAUCUGUCCAUCUCUCUCUGUAUCUGUCCAUCUCUCUCUGUAUCUGUCCAUCUCUCUCUGUAUCUGUCCAUCUCUCUCUCUGUAUCUGUCCAUCUCUCUCUGUAUCUGUCCAUCUCUCUCUGUAUCUGUCCAUCUCUCUCUGUAUCUGUCCAUCUCUCUCUGUAUCUGUCCAUCUCUCUCUCUCUGUAUCUGUCCAUCUCUCUCUCUCUGUAUCUGUCCAUCUCUCUCUCUGUAUCUGUCCAUCUCUCUGUAUCUGUCCAUCUCUCUCUCUCUGUAUCUGUCCAUCUCUCUCUUUUUCUGUCUUUCUCUGCCCCUCUCCCUCCCUUUCUCCCUGCCUCUACACUCUUUUUCUGCCACCCCUCUCAUUCUCUCUGCCCUCCCACAUUCUCUCUGCCCUCCCACCCUCUCUGUGCCCCUCAGUCCCGCCUUCUCUCUGCCCCCCCAUUCUCUCUAUUUCUGCCCUCCCACGCUCUUUCUGCCCCUCCCACUCUCUAUCUCUGCCCCUCAGUCCUUCCUCUCUCUGUCCCUCCCACUCUCUCUCGGCCCCUCCCACCCUCUCUCUGCCUCCCCUCUCUGCCCCUCCCUCCCACCCUCUCUCUCUGCCCCACCCACCCUCUCUCUCUGCCCCACCCCUGACAGUAUCAGAUAAAACAGCAGGUCUGUGUCUGUGGAAACUGAUGAAGUGAUUAGUGAAGAUUUCAGCAGGUUCACUGGAGGCUCAGAUGCAGCACGACGUUCAGACUCCAUUUCACACGCUUGUAUUUGCACAACGCUUUGUCCUGUUGAUGAUAAUAAUAAUAAUAAUAAUAGUGUUGAUGUUAAAGGGGGAUUUUGAGUGCUGUGGCGUCUCUCAUUACUGAAUGAAGUAAGAUUUUUUUUCCCAGUUUAAAUGAAAUUCCUGUUAAAUGCUUUUUUUUUUCUAAAAGGAAAGUUUUGGGUGUGAAAUCUGAUGGUGUUUGUUCUGUUUGUUCAAGAUAAAUGUUAUUGGGGAAGACACGUGGUUGAGUUUAAUGCAGAAUGUGUCAGGAAGGAUGUGGACGGUGCAGACUUGGCGCCCCCUGGUGUCCACCUUGUGUAACACAAGAGGAAGUUAAACAGCUUUUGUUCUUGAUCUGGAGAUUAAAGUGGAGAAAUCUUUUGAUUGGCUGAAGUCGCUGUCAGUCACGCAUGAUCUUAACACGAAUCCGUUCUUGUUCUUUUUUUUCUUCUUUUCUUUUUUGUGUGAACGUUGUUGCCUAUUUGAUAUUUGUCAUAAUUUUAUUGUCUUUCUUUUUUUUUUCCUCCUUAAUUUAUAAUUGGAUGUCAGGGAAAAUUAUUCCAAAACACAGAAAAUUUGUAUAAGUGGGUUUCAUGUUCUUUAAACUCAAUAAAUGGAGGUAAAAUAACUUACUGA